GCAGGCAACACCAACUUCAGUUGUCAAUACUGUCAUUCAAUAUUAUGACUUUUUUGUUAUGUUUAUUUUCACUGUUUUUGCACAUUUCGUGAAUUUCUCUAUCUGUAUUUCAGGAUGAAAUGCAAUGAAUUCGAAAUGAGUAAACCUCGUCACUCGAAGAACUUGGAUAAUUUAGACAAAGCUCUUCAAGAUUUGGGCAUGCUAAGUGCUAUUACGGAAGCGCGUCGUGAGUAUUUACGUGAAUCACACACUACUUUGGGAAUGAUGCGGCUAAACACGCGGUUCGUUUCCAACGUCACUGUGGGGUAUUGUAUGCGGAGAUCGACGAAUAAAAACAGGCUGUGCCCUUAUGUUUUGCCCGUCAGACAUAGAACCAAGAGUGAGAACUCUGAAGCGAUUACUGGUGACGUGAAAGACGGUGGGAGCGAAUUCAAAAGCAUACUGGAGCCGUCCACGAGUGGAUUCGGCAAUCACGAGUGUGCAAAGAGUCCCGCAAAGAGGUGUCAAUCUCUGGAAAACCUGAAUCUGUCAUUGGAAUCCCAUUCCAACCCAGAAGUGUCACCCGAUAUGGAUGGUGUGUCAACAAGGAUCCAAAAACUACAAGUUGAUGAAUGACACCAAAAUGUUUUAUCUUUGUCAAUAACAUAGCAAAGAGAUAGCAGAGUAGUUCUCAGUGGAUGUUUGUAAAAAUAUUUUUCUGUGUAUUUGUACCAAUGGAUUUGGACCCUUACUAAUGUAAAUGCGCUUUUUAUUUUUGUUUGUUAUUUUGUUCAUAAGGUUUUAUUUAAUUUUGGGAGCUUCCAUGUGAUUUGUAAUAAUAAUUAUUCAUAGUAAUGUAGUGGAAAUAGGAAUUCAUUAGGACUUUGUGCGAUGAUAUACUUAUAUGCUUACUUUUCUAAGUUCAGUUCACACUUCAGUACAAAUGUGAUUAAUCUCUAAUUAUUUCAAGUUAAAUACCUGUUAAUUUAGUUCAUACUUAUUUAAAUCUUAUUUACAGUCAUUUGUUUUAGAGUUUUCCAAUGAAUUGCCAUUAACAGAAGUGUUUGUAAGUUUUAUAAAACAGGAUGCUUUUGUUUGGAUUCAGAGAUUUAU